AGGCAAUGGCAUUAACCUGGAUGUGGCCACAGUGGAAAAUGCUAGUCGCUUUUGCAACAAGGUGUGGAAUGCUCUGAAGUUCACUUUGGCAGCCUUGGGAGAAGGAUUUAAUCCACUGGCUCCAGAGGAGGUCUUCCCUAAGUCUCCAAUGGAUAAAUGGAUUCUCAGUCGUCUGUAUCACACAGUGGUAGAUUGUGCCCAGUGGUUUGAAGAAUAUGAACUGCAUUCUGUUGCCUCUUCAGUCCAUCUUUUCUGGUUGCAUGAUUUCUGUGAUGUCUACCUGGAGUCUGUAAAACCCAUACUGAGGAGUGGGGAUCCAUCUCAGCUCCUUGCCACCUGUCAAACUUUGCACAGCUGUGUGGACCUGGCUCUGCGUCUCCUGUCUCCCUUUAUGCCUUUUCUCACAGAGGAGCUGUGGCAGCGGCUUCCCAAGAGGGACUCCAAGUCUCCUCCCAGCAUCUGUGUGGCCAGAUACCCAAGCAAAGAGCACCUGGCUCACUGGUGUCAUCCUGAGGAAGAGGCAAACUUCCUGUUGGUACAGGAAGUUGUCAGAGUGGUGCGUUCCCUAAGGGCAACUUACCAGCUCACUAAAGCUCGGCCAGCAGUAUAUCUGAUCUGUCCAGAGGCAGUUCCACUUAGUGCAUAUAAAAACUAUUGGGAAGCACUGCAGACUUUAUCCUUGGCUGGAUCUCUUAGGUUCCUUCCUGAUUCUGAGGGAGCACAGCCACCUGCAAGCUGUGUGUUUGCAAGGGCAAACAGUCAUACUGACAUCUAUGUGGAUCUGCAGGUAAGACCAAAAAUGGGUCAUUAAUGGGUUCAAGACAAUGGGGUUUAUUAGGAAAAUGUAGAAUGAUGGUGAAAAGUGAAACGUAUGGUGGGAAGAUUGUGGGUCAGUGUCAGACAGGAGAUUAUAAAUUUGAAUUACCUUAUUUAUAUAUUUUCUUAUCUUUCUCCCAGUGCAUUACCCAAGGAAACCUACAAUGUAAAUUAAAACAAAAUACCACUAAAAGCCAAUCAGUUAUAACAUUAUAGUUAAAAAAACCCAGUGCUUGGAGGCAAGCACUGAACUAAAAUAAUUUUGAAGCAUUUAAAAGCAUGACAGGAAAAUGGGGUGGGGGGAGAAGGAUGGCACAUCCCCCAUUAGAAGACCCUUUGCAGGAACACUAUCUAAAUAAAAAGGCCAUUAGGAAAAGAAAGUGAUUAAAUGUCCGGCGGCAGCAGCAACAUUCCAGUGUGCGGUAAACUCCCAUUCUGAGCCCCAUCCCAUUCCCAGAACGGGGCCAUUCCAGGGCCCGUGCAAUAAAUAUCUGUUAUACCACCUUAUCAGAGAAGCAGAUAGAUAUUGGAGGAGAGGACCUUAGCUGCACCAGCUAAACUAGUCUGUUGCCUUCU